CUCUCCUUCCUUGGAAUUUGCAUCAGCUUCAAAAUAGCAGAAAUAACCAAUAUUUACCAUAUAUGUGCAUUGUUUUUUAUAAAAAGGAACUCAAUUUGGACUAGUCUCUCCUUCUUGUGUACAUUGUGGAAGCUACCAACAUAGAUUGAUUCUUCUGGCUGUUGAAGCCUUUAAUUCCAUUUCUAGUGAUGCGAUCUGUAAAUUAUUUAUAUUUGUCUAAUUAAUUUAUAAAAUUCCUCUUGUUGUUGGUUUUUGAAGCCUUUGUUUCAAGAGUUUAAUUUUGAAAAAUCAAUGAUACUGUUUUAGAAUAAAGAAUCUCUACAUUGAUCUCAGUUUUAAUUCUUACCGAUUCAACCUUUUUUUGAAAUAUUUGGUACCUUUUUCUUCAAGAAAGUACUCCGUUUUUUCGAAAAUGCAAAACGUUCACAUUGAACCCGUUGUGUUUUACCAAUGGACGGCAAAGGCCAUUAUUAUGCUCUCUGCAAUCCGCAGCCGAAGAAAUACUAAACAGUUGGAAAGAGAACAUGGAUUGCUUGAACAAGUGCGAGACAACUUGACCCUGGCAAUGUCUGAUUGCCGUGAACAAAAUCCCCCAAUCAAAAUUCCACAAUCUUACUUUCAUCACAUCUAUAAUAAACUAUGUCAGCACCCUUAUGCAAAACUACCACAAUCUUGUAAUUCAACACAUGACCUUUUCUUUCGCGUUGGUAUCAGCUCCUUUCUGUGUCGACUCUCCCAAUCGACCGAUGAAGAGUUACAGUUUUUGGCAAGUCAUGACAACCUUGACGAUUUUGUGCUGCACUUAUUUAGCAUAAUGUCCUCCCAUUAUUUUUCCGUUGAAUUUACCUCCGUCAGAUUUCUCAUACGGUCUUCCCAGUGGCUGUUCUAUACUUUGGCAGAAUUUGCAAAUGAAGAAUUAGAAGAACCCGAAAAGUCUUCUGUUUAUAGGUUUCUUUGUUAUUUAGCUGAGUGUUGGCCUAUUUACGAAAAAAACUGCACUCUUAGUAGGCAUCUCUUUUUGCUAGGUGACUUUUCUCUUAUUAGUUACAUAAAAUUUAUGUGCGGGGUUUUCAACUUUGCAAAUUAUGAUGCUUUUAUUUUGGAAGUCGAAAAUUUACUACCAGAGAAUGUUCCCUUAGCGGCUGUCUCAGAUAUUCAGGUUUCCAAACAUCGUGCUAUAAAUGAGAGAGCUGGACUAAAGGUAGAGGACUUUCCUAACAAGUUUGCGUAUGAUGCUUAUGUUGAGAGAGAAUGCUUUUAUACUGAAAAUGUAACAAGCAGAGUUUUUGAUAAUUAUCCAGAUUUAGGUGGAUUAUUUGGUGAAGAGCACUUAUCGGAUAAGGAUAAGGAUAAGGGUAUUCUUGCCCUUAUUCAAAAAUCAAAUGUUUAUGGCUUGCGCCCUGACGAGUCUAUGAUAUAUUUUUAUCGUCUUAUUAGAUUUUGUUUUGAAUAUUGCCGCAAUGAGGGUGGUGACUUCGGUGCGAAUGUUCUAUGGAGUAUAAUACGAAGUUUUGUCAAUGUAUGGCGCAUUCAUCCAGGAACCUGCUGUUGUGUUGUUCUAGACAUUCUGCGUAACUUUGUCGAAGAAGAUAAUUUAAAGUUUUCUCAAAUGCGAGACAUAUUUCAUCUAACCUUUGGUUUCGUCCGUGAUUGUGAUUAUUCUGUUUGGACUAUCUCCGAUUCUCAACAAUUUUCUGAGCUAUUGUGUUACUAUCACCGUAAAGCGCUGCAUCAAUUAGUAGAAACCCUUGGUUCUUGCCUUCGUUCUUCCGAGGAGUCACGGCAUAUCUUAGAUAUUAUGAACGAUUACAUUUUCUGUAACCCUCUGUUUCAUGUUAAUCAAGAAGAUGUGAAUAAUGAUUACAAAAAUUUCUUUCUCAAUUUGCGAGGGAAAUAUUCCGAAUUCUUUGCUAAGCUUUUAAGUCAAGAAAUGACAGGAGAACUAGAAACAGAUUUGGUAGGAUUGCGAGUUGUUGGUAUGCAACUGCAGGCUACGUACGAAACUCUAAAAUCUAAUUAUAAAACAAAAAUCUUUAACCAGCUUGCUGUGGCGGACGUCUUUGCACAAGUUACUCUCAGUUUAUAUUUUGAAAAACUACCUACUAUAAUGGAUAAUUAUGUCAGCGUUCCUUUUUCUGAAAUAUCUGAAACAACUAUUGACCGAAUUAACUCUCUUUACAAACAAUCUCGAGAUAUAGUGUCUAGUAUGAAUAGUUCCUCUCUGGAUUAUCCUCAGCUCUAUCGCUGUUAUAGUGUUGGAUUUGUUUAUCGAAAUCUAACUAUAAUUAUGGAAAAGGCUAUUAGGAGCGUUGUGCCGGUUAUAUUACAAGAAUCUUUCCUUCCUCAACAAGCAAGGUUUUGCUCGGAGUCGUCAAAGACCAUUUUGGAUCCACUUCAACAAUCUUUUGACUUUUUACAGAAAAUUGAUUGGCCAAAUGAUGAGGAUGUGUACAAAUUUUAUGUUCAUAUCGGAAAAUUGAUUGAAAAUUUAGUUCAUCGGUAUGUGAAUUGUCUCAAAAUUUUGUAUUUCGCAAAGGCUGAUGACCAUGUCUACAAUCCUUUGAAGAAUCAGCAUUAUGAGGGAAUCCCAGUGGAAAAACUCCGAGAAAAAGCCAGUAGCUUGCAUAAACAUUUUGAGAAGCCGAGUUCAUUUGAAGUGUAUGAGGAAUCUUUGACUCUGAUCAAUACAGUACGUUUGGUGAAAGACUGGAUUGUAGUGUUAAAUCAGCGGCUGGAUCAUAAAAUUAUAGAGGAAAAGCCUUUGUCUUAUAAACAUGUGGAUUCAUUAAGAGGUAAACUUGUGAUUUCUGUCAUAAUGGCUCAUAUUAUGGUUCCUAAAAAUGCUCCCUUUGAGUUUUAUUUUUUGCUUCAAGAUAACGGUUCAAAAAGUUCUUUGCGAACUCGUCCUAUUCGGGAAAAAAUUCUGCCCACCUGGAAAGAAACGUAUGAGCUUGAAAUUAGCGGGCGUAAGUCUUAUAAACUGAUCCUUUUUCAAAAAAAUUAUGAAACUGGCUUAGAAAGUAUAUAUGGUUAUGCGAACGUGGAUAUUGACCCGGAAAAUUUUAAGAAAGACCAUGAAAAAGAAGUGUGGUUGGACUUGAAUAUAGGCGGGAAAGUUUUAAUCACAAUACAACUACUCAUAAUACGUGAAAGCCCGAACUAUUAUUGUUCGAGUAUGAUUGAUUUCCUUAAGGUUUCUGAAGAGACGAUGUUGAAUGCAAUGACUACGGGGCUAGUCUCAUACAUUCGCAGCUUUAUGGGCCGAAGUGGACUAUUCAAGUUUGUUCGCUACUUGAAUGAUGAGGGAGAGCCAGAGGAACCGAGUCCGGAGGAGACCACCGAUUUGAAAGCCACGGUAGAACGAGAACAGCAAAGUUUACUUGCUGAGAUGGAUGAAAUUUUUUAUUGGAUUUAUGUAAACAUGUUGCCUCAGCCACUAUUCCGUUUGUUAUCACGAUUAUGGUAUAAUAUUUUGGAAACAAUACGCGAUAUCUUGAUUCCUCCCGCUUCAAAUACCUCAUUGCAAAGAAUACCAUUAAACCGGAAAGAGCUUAAAGUUGUUUAUUCAUGGCUCAACCUGUUUUAUGAAUUUUUUCAAAACUUUCGGGACAUUGUACCUUUUGAUUUUCUUAACACAGAGGACUAUAAGAGUGUCAAGUCCCUAAAGGAAUAUUACUUUUUGAAGGAUCAGCAUAUGGAAGACGACGACAUGUGAAGGGAAUCAAUGAACAUGACUGUGCAACCCUCUCACAGGGUAUAUAAAUGUUGAAUUACAAUAGCUUUUUUGCCAGAAGAGGGUAGGUAGUAAGGCUAUGAUAUGAAGAGAAAAGAGUCAUUAAAAUGACGUUCUAUUUGGUACAGCAAGCUAUUCUUAAGGUAUAGCAAGCAUAACUAAAUAAUCUAAUGAAAACGAAUUUUCUAUUUAACCUAGAUCAAAAUCGUCAAAGUGCAAAACAAGUUUAUAUACAGAAGGCUUUUUUCCCCUUCGUGAAAGAAGGGAAGGUUUCUGUUCGUCCUUAACCGUUCCUUACAAGUAAAUUGCUACUGAUUUCUUUCCUAUGAUUUAACCAACUAUGUCUGUUGUUUGACAUCAACAACAAAGAAUUAAAGUUGAAACCAAAACGGCUUUUUUCAUUUCUAUUCAUAAAAAAAAUUCAUAAUUCGUCACUAAACUCAAGGUUUUUGGAACUUAUAUACACAGAUCAAAACAAAGCAAAACGAGAGCUUAUUCUUGACAUAUUCCAUAAAACGAUGAUGGAGUCGACGCAUUCAACUGCUUCCGUUCUUGUUGACCACGAAUUUAAGUCAAUGGUCAGAUAUAGGGGUAUUAGAGAAUGAUACUGUUCUCAACCCAUCAUCAUGAUAACAAUCGCAUGGUUUUUAGAGAACGAACGACCGACUCUCGACUUUUUUCUUCAUUCCUUAUACUUCCUUGUUGCCAGUGUGUUGGCGGUGGGGACUAAUUUUACCUUCGCUAAGGAUCUUGGCACAAACAUCAACGUCCUUGCUAGUACCAAAGGCGUUUUCAAGUUGUUGCUUCGAGGCCUUAAAGAGUUCGCCUUCACUGCCCUUGGUCAAGGUGAAAACUUGGAAAGAAUCAACGACCUCAGUCAAAGGGAUCGUCUUGUCGGUGCGCCAACUUUUAAUAAUAUUUUCGCUUGCACCAAUGACGACGAAGGAAGCGAUAUCAGUUUGGCAGACAACGCGAGUUUGAUUUGCUGGACCACUAGACAUGUUUGCACAGAUAUAAUUGAAAUAUAUGUCUCAAAAACAACUGAAAAUAAGAAACAAGUCUCAAGUACGAGAAAAGAGUGAGCACUUCGUAAUAGUAGUAACUUCCUUAUAAGGAUAUCACUAUUGAAUGAGAAUGCUUGAUUGAUGCUGUAAGACGGGAGGAAUUGCCCUUUAUAUACUUUGCUGAGAGCAUCUUUCGAUAAUUCCAUCCGUGGGGGGUAUACGUAAACAAUUUCGUUUACGUCACUGGGUUACGUGUGUUAGGCUUCAUGUUAGAAGCGAGGGAUGACACCACAUGGAAAUUUAACAAUGAAAGAAGGUACGUAGGAAUAAAAAGAAGAAACUUUGAAAUGAUUUACCGAGAUACGAGAUGAUGUCAAGCGUAAAUAAAGAGAAAGAAAAUUCAAGAAACACUUAUACAUGGUGAAUGAUGAUCGCUGAAAGUCUGUUUACAUUGUCGCUUUGUUUACAUGAGAAUUGGUGGAAUGGAAAUUAAUGCUUCUUGUUAAAAUGCAGAAAAUACUAAUACAGGGUUUCAGUUUCGCUACCUGUGUUAAGGAAACCCGAGUUGAAGGGACUGGUUGAUUCUGUUUUCUGAGAAGUAUAUCCCUUCGGUCCCUUGUUCCUCUUGUUUGACAGGUCUUGCUUGCUAGUUUGUUUGUUUGUUUAUCUGUUUGUCUUAGGGAUAUGUCAUUCUGGGCAUAUCUGCAACUUUGAAAAAAUCGUGUUCCAAAGCAGCUUCUGCGCUCAAGCAACUUGUCAAGUAAGUCAAUUACAAGAGCGACUUGGCAUCCGGGACUUACGUCCAGUAAAGAGUUUUCGUCGCUUUUGGUGAUGCUACCAAUGAGAUCUAGCCAGUUGUGCUUUUGAUCCUGUACUGUGGAGAGAUUGUCGGACCAGAUUUGACCUAGUCAGAAUUAGUAAAGGAUGAACAUUUAGAAUUGAAAAGAACUUUUUCUUUUUUACUUACCAUGUAACAAGGCACAUCUGGACAUUUGGUUCCUUCCAAAGAUAUGUGCCAGCUCAACGAUUGCAUCAAUGUCAUCCUCGCAUCGAAAAAAAGGGUAUCUUCGAGUAAGGAAACAGAGAAGAAUUACUCCUACUGACCAAAUGUCAAUAAUGGAUGUCUGAUACUGACAACGAAACAGCACUUCCGGAGCCCUGAAUCCUCUUGUGCCUGCCCGAUCAGCUCUCUUUGUGGGUCGAGGAUCAUGAAGUAAGUAUCCAUCGCUCGGAUCCGCAAUGGUUUUUUCAAAAGGGAAAAAGUCGUAGUAUUUGCCCUCUUGUUUCAGUUUUCGCAGUUUGUCAAUGCAACAGUUUUCGGAGGGCGUGUCAGCCACCUGCCAUUGUGCAAGUCCAAAGUCAAGAAUGACUCCUCGUUGGGUAUAUGGGUUCCAUGCAAAAUUGCCUGGCUUAAUGUCUCGAUGGAUAAUUCCCUUAGAAGCUAUAUGCGCAAGUCCCUUUAAUAGGUCCUGUAGAUACGUAGCAAUCUCUGGCAGUGUAUAUUUCAUGUAAAAGUCUCGGAAUUCAGCAUGUUGAAUAAACGGAAGCACAAUCAAGACUUGAUCCUGGUGUCGGACGGCGGUAAUCAUAUUGAGGACACAUUCACCGCCACGAAGCUCAUGAAGCAUCUCCAGCUCCGUUUGAAUGCGAGAUGGCAAAACAGUUGCAUACACCCUUUUGAUGGCGACAAAUUGCUGUCGCUGGUGCUUUCCCUUCUCUUGACCGUUUUGAUUUUCGAUUUGUGAAGUGAUCCAAUACGAAUUGUCAUAGCUAUCAUAGUGUCUAUCAAUAGCUUUGAACACGCUACUAAAGCUACCAGCUCCUACGAGCUUUACUACAUGGUAAUCCUCCUCAAUGGUUGGAAAUGCUUGCACAAGCUUUGCAAUUUCAGGCAAGUCUUCCCGGUCCACAUCAUUAGCGUAAAUGCCAGUAUUUCCAAACGGUAAUAGCAUAGAAAGCAUUCUUUUUUCUUGAACUUUUCAAUUUUAAACUGUGUUUUGCUGUGUACAAGCUGGGUUUGGUUCUCUUUUUAUACAUGCAUUUGUUUGUUUACUUUUGAGUCGGUCUUUUCCCUAACCCAAGCAAACACUAUAUGCUGCAUUUUUAAAUGGCUAUGCGCUUGAAUUGGUUAUUAAUUUUUAAAUCUUUGCUGAAAAUCGAUGCAUUCUGUCUGUAUUAUGAAGACUACGUUUGUUUAUACUUGCUUUCUUUUUGAACAACCAAAAGCAAGUACUCGCAAAAUCUUUGAAAUCAUUCCUUUGCUUUUUUUAUUUAUAAUAAUAAAGUGGACAUACAUCAACGACUUUUUCUGCAGUGUCAAAAAUAAGGGUGUUUAAUGUUCAACCAAAUGAACAUGCAAGAAGUGAUAAUUCUGAACUAGUUAUGACUAUGUAUCUACUACAUCAACCUCAUUCUUGCUUGCUUGUCUCUUUAUAUGUCUUUGCUCUUCUUCCACAUUGGAUUUCAUGAAACCAUGUCUGUUUAUUUACUACCGCAGGGUUCAGUCGGUCAGUAAAUCCUUUCGGUCAGAAAACAUUCAUAUCUACUGGAAAGAAAGUUCUUCGAGUGGCUUAUUUGCUUUCUUUUUUUUCUUUUCUUACUAUACUUCAAACUUGAAAAGUUCCCAAAUUGUAUGCCUUUUUUUUGGAGGGGGAUAAUCUUGGUUUUGGUAUCGCUUAGGGAAAUACAACAAGAAAAUAGUUAAAUAUGAAAUAUUUGAUGAUUCAUUGGAUCUAUAAACUAAACUUUGAUUGAAUACUGACCUACUUAGCUUCUACUGAUUGAAGAAAUUGAAUUUUGUAAAAUAACAAGAAAGCUUCUUCAUUGAAUUUGCGGUCGAAUCUUCUUAUUCUUCAAUACAAUUAAAGAAUUGGAAUGGAAUAACUAUCUAGUUUGCUCUGAAAUCAUUCGAUGUACACAUAGCUAUUGUUGGUUUUCUUAGAGACAAUGAAUUUUAUAAUUUAACGAAGAGACGAUGCAGUUUUUUUC